ACGCGCCCCGACGUGACGUCAACACGGAGCGACCGUGUAGGGCUUGUGUUUUGGCUCUGGAGCUAACAGCUGCAACAGACCAGUUUAGCUUUAGUUUAGUCUCCCACGUGGAUUUCCCUGCAGCUCUGGAGGCGACUCUCAGCCUGGAUGCUGCAUCUCUGUGUGAAACAAAUGUACCAGUAGUUCUCAGCCUGCUCCAGAGCCCCCCCUACUUGUGUCUAAGACCAGCCAGGCCCCCGACCCGUACAUACUAGCACCAAAAUAGUCUUUAAUUGAAAAAAUGAACAUUAAUUAUGUUUUUUUGAUACAUUUCUCUUUGGUUUACUCUGUAUACAUAUGCAUAUGACUUUGUUUUUCUCCAAUGUCACCAAUGUAUAAAAUACGCACAAAAGGACAUAAAAGGACAUAAACAUAUUUCUGAAAAAUGUCUCUUUUAAUAUGAGACCAACAUUUUUUUUUACAUUUUUCCUUUAACAACCUGUAGGAGUAGAUUAAAUGUUGAGUAAUGAUAUAAUAAUAAGGAAUGAAAUCAUUUCCUGUGUUUGUCAACAGUGUAUAAAAAACACAAAAAAUAUUCAAGACAUUCAUAAAUUAUUCCUAACAAUGUCUUAUGAAUGACUCAUUCGCAAAUAUAAUUUUUACAACUGCAUAAUUUCAGAGCAGACAAAGUUUCGCGCCCCCCCAGAGAUCUCUGGCGCCCCCCCAGGGGGGGCCCGGACCCCAGGUUGGGAAACACUGUUUUAAAGAAAAGAAAAUCGCCCCACGGUACUUGUGGCAGCUGUUCCUGUAGCAGGUUCAUCAUCAUGUGCUUCCCUAAAGAGUUAUAAUGUCUUAGUGGAUAACUUUGAGCUGGUGUUAAUGGGGCAGAAACUCCCAGUAUCAGAAUUGGCCUCCCCAGUCAGUUCUGUUGUAAGUCAGAUUUGAUCCAUGACUGAGUACUACGAGGACGGGGGGCUGCUGUACGAGCAAUCACCUCCCAUGCACAUCAAAGUGGAGUCUCCGGAGGGACCCUUUGGAGGAGGAGCCUCAGAGAACGGCUUCCCCCGGGAAGACGACGACUCUGAUGGCAGUUGUGAACAGAACAGUACUUUACCUGGAGGACUUCCGUUCAACGUGGUAGUGGUGCAUCCCAACAUCAUGGCACCUGGCAUGUCCUCGGACGACCUUUUGUCCAUUGAACAAAACAGAGCUAUGUCAGCUGCGCUGGCUGCUGGUGGAGCAGGAAAAAGAAAGAGUCGUUUCAGUGGAGCUGAGUUGGAAGUGUUGGUGUCAGAAGUCACUCGCUGCGAGGGGGAACUCUUUGGCCCUGCAGGGAGACUUCGGCGGCGAGAGAGAGAGCGCAUCUGGGCGGGGAUUCUGGAGAGGGUCAAUGCUGUGUCCAGAGUCCCACGUACCCUCAGAGAAGUCAAGAAGCGCUGGGACGAUUUAAAGAGACGCAAUGGAGGCAGGCUGGCGGAUGCCCGGCAUCGCACCUGUUACCUGCCAUCCAGCAGAGGAGCCUCAAUGCUCGGACGACCAUCACAGUCGAGCCCUAGGCUGCAGCAAGCCAGACAGAAGAUAACCACUAGGCCAAAAGCAAGUUUCCCAUGUUUCCCUGACUCUGACACAGGUGUUGGAGCGGAAGGGUCAGAGAGAGAGGUUUUCGAGAAAGAUGAGGACAACCCUGAGCGCGAAAGAGAAAUUGGUGAACCUGAGUGUGAACCAGUAGAGAACAGUAUGGAGGAUAAACUGGGAUUAGGACUGGGUCUGGGAAUAGGCCCACCCCCUCCAUCAGAACGAUGGCUACCUCCUUCACCUCUCUACAGCGCUCCUUUCCUCAAUGGCAGCCCGCAGGCCAGCAGUCCUCAGCCGUCACUGGGAACACAGCAGGGUCCUCUUGAAGCCCCCCCACGCAGCUCGUGGCUUGAAGAUGAGCUUCGAGGGUUGGGGGAAGCUGCAAUUCAGUUGGGAAAUCGUGUAGAAAAGAGUCUCCGGGAGUUUGGGGAAGGUUUCAGGCAGGACAUGAGAACCCUUGUUGCUUCACAAGAGGCAUUAGCAGUCAGUCUACAACAAAACAAUGUUCUUUUGCAAAGGCUUUUGGGAGUUCUUGAAGCCCAGCAGCAACCACAGUCUCAGCAACAUCGUGUUCAACAGACACACCCAUCACAGACCCCUCAGCAGCAUUUACAGCUACAGCAAGUUCAGCAGCCGAUGCAACACAUAGAACCACAACAGCGGGUGGAAACGCCACUGCACUCACAUAUUGUGCAACAACAACAACAACAGCAGCAAACACAGUUACAGCAGCAACCGCAGGUUACCCAGCACUUAAAUAAUCCUCCACCUGGAACUGUGGCACCUGCUCCAUCAUCUCCAGACAUACAUGACACUUUUCCUCCUGAUCGAACCACGGACAGUAAUGGAAGUGUGCAGCGCCCACGGCGAGGGAGAGCUGUGGACCACAGACGCAGGAGACGGCGCUGAGGAGAAUCUGUUUUUUUAAAAACUGCACACCUUACAUUUGAUGUUUUAAAUUGUGAGAUGAAUCAGUGCUCUUUUAUAGUGACAGUACUUAUGUAACAAGUUGCCUGGAGUUUUGCAUCCUACUUCAGAUUUGCCAUCUCGCACUUCAGUUGGUAUUCAGAAAAGACAGAAGCAGGAAGAAGAAAUGGAGACAUAAUACAAGAUCAUUGGGUGGCCUUAUAAUUAUCUUGCUUUUCUCAGACAUGUUUAAUACUCCUCUAAAAUAGGCAAUGGAAAUUAAUUGCUCUUUUGCAUAACAUCUUCACUCAUUCAGAUUUCAAUACUCAGAAAAAUGAUAUCCAUAGGUGCUGAUGCUCAUCAUGCAUGUCUCUCUCUACAAAAUUUGCAGUGGAGUUGCAAUGCUCAGCAGUGUACUUAUUUCUUCAGAGCUAACUGAUUAACUAUGUUGUCAUAAAGUACUUGUAAUCUGCAGUUGUUACCAUAUGUUAUAACUAUGUAGCUAUUGUAAUUACCUGCAAAGGUAUGGCUGUGCUUUUAAAAAAAACAACAAAAAAAACCCUUUUUUGGGUGGGGGCGACUGAGAAGGAUCUAUUUCAUCCCUCUAACCUCCAAAUUAAGGAUGCCUAACUAAUGACUUUGCUAUCAGGUCGCCCCGUAAUCGUGCUGUUUUUAUGGUUUCAUUGUGGUACAUACUCGUCCAACAUUUGAUUGGACUGUAAAGUUAGGCUGUGUUUUGGUGAGUGCUUUUUGUGACAAAAUGCUUUAUUUAAAAAAAAAAAAAAAAAAAAGUUUUUGAAGAUGUAAAAAGAAAAUCUAUAAGAAAAAGCAUCAGAAUAUAGGUCAGACAAAUUCAUGUUUAUUGUGGAAUUUUAAAAAACAUACGUAAGUAUGUUUGGGCUAUUGAUAAUCCUGCAUGUGGUAUCAUGGAUGUGUUUGUAAAUAGUUCCAAAGAAGCAGCAUAUGGCCAUCAUCUAUGUAGUUUUUGCACAAGUUAUAUUUUGUAGAUAGCUACUGUUCUCAUGACAUGUAAGUAAACUUAAUAAAACACAGUCCAGGACUGCAUAUAAACUUUAA